UGGGCGUGUCUGCCCGGCGUGUCCGCCCAUUAAGGGACGGGACGGGACCCUGCCGAGCCGCCUUGAGUGCGACGCCGUCGUUGCCGCCGUCUCGCCUCGCCGCUCCGCGCGUUCUUUCCUUUGCGCGUUGCGCUGCGCGGGUUUGCAAGCGCGCAGCGGCGGCUGCUCCUUUGGGCCGCGGGAUCCGCGCGGGGGUCUUGGCGGCGCCCUCUCCCGGGGGCCCCGCGAGGAGAGGCGUUCCCGGGGUCUCCCGCGCCCUUUGCGCGCGGGGCGGCGAUGGAGGCCGGCGGGUGGUGGCUCUACUUGUGGGCGCCGCUGCUGCUGCUGGCGGUGCUGGCCAUGGAGCUGAGCCCGCGGGCCAAGUUCUGGGUGAAGAUCGGCCUCUACUGCGUCCUCUGCCUGCUGACUUCUACCUUCACCGCCCCUGUCUGCCUCCUUUGGAACCGGGGCAGGACCGUCCACAACAUGACGAUCAUCAAAAACGUCGUCAGGAGCUUCAAGUACUUCUAUGGCCUGAGGUUCGAUGCGAAGGGCUUGGAGCACUUUGAGAUAGAGGGCCCCUGUGUCAUCAUCUCGAACCAUCAAAGCAUCUUGGACAUGAUGGGGCUGAUGGAGAUCCUUCCAGAGCGCUGUGUCCAGAUUGGGAAGCGGGAGCUCUUGUACAUGGGCUCUGUGGGCCUCAUCAUGUACUUGGGCGGUGUGAUCUUCAUCAACCGGAAGAGCACCAGCAACGCCAAGUCCGUGAUGGCAGAGGUCGGCCAAGCCAUGAUCAGUGACAACGUCAAGGUGUGGAUCUACCCAGAGGGCACUAGGAACGGAAACGGGGACCUCCUGCCGUUCAAGAAGGGCGCUUUUCAUCUGGCCAUCCAGACACAGGUUCCUGUUGUUCCUGUGGUGUAUUCAUCCUUUUCUUCAUUUUACAACCCUAAAAAGAAUCUGUUUACAUCAGGCAGAAUCCAGGUUGAAGUCCUGCCCCCCAUCUCAACCGAAGGCCUGACAGCCACAGAUGUCGAUGACCUCACCAGCAGAUGUUAUGCCACCAUGCGGGAAACUUUCUUCAGGCUGUCGGGCAGGCCUGGCGAAGUCAACGGGGGGAUGCCCAGCCUUGCGCAGUGAUGCCUUUUGGGGCUGAGUGCAAGACAUGCACCUGUUGAAAAGAAACACUCUGUUGCCAAAAACUUAGGAUCCAGGGGAAAGUUUGCAAACUCUCCCUAAAAGUCCUGGGGUGGUGGGGACCUCUGCCUGUUGAAUGUUUAAGCACAUGACUGGGGUGUGUCUGUGUGGAAGCAUUCCUGGUCUCCUAACUGUCCUUCCCCAGACUAGCCCAGCACCAAAGAACGGAUUGAAAUCUCUCUCUCUCUCUCUCUCUCUCUCUCUCUCUCACUCACUCUCACUCUCUCUGGAGCUUUCCAAAAGGGCUCUGCUUGAGUGAGCCCAGUUGGCCAACCAAAAUCCAACUGGAAACAUUCUCUCUCUCACUUUUUUGUCUCCUUUUGGUUACUUGAAAGGGCUCCGAUCCCAGCUAUUCAAUCUCUCCCUGAUGUUCUGCAGGUACUGUUUAUGCUUCAACAGCCCUUCAUCUCUGUGGGGCUGUGUUGGUCCUUAGGUACUCCCCAAUCCCAGAGAAGGUAGAGAUGCUGUUAAUAACUUUGCCUUGGUUUGUAAAACUGGACAGAGAACUAUGAAAUACUGUCUUGACAUUUUUGGAGGGUUUUUUUUUUUUUGCCACCUAGAUUUUGUUUUCUUUGCAAAAAGCAGUUUUCUCCUCCUAAAUCUCAGUGUGGUUCCAACAGUUUGGGGGCAGCUUCUCACUUGGUGGGGAGCAUUCCAAAAUGGGAUUUUGUGUGGAAACAAGAAAUAACCCCUUGUUCGUGCUAGCAGAUAUUGCUGUUUUUUUACUUUAUUUUAGUCUUAUGUACUUUUAUGACAUUGGGGUGCACAAGCAGUCGGCCUCUGCCCGCAAGCAGGAUGGAUUGGAGAGGACCGCCAUGGUGGGUCUAGAUGAAACUCCAUUGGCAAGGGUGGAGGGUGUCCCUCUGAGCUGCAGAGCAGGUACCUUUCAACCUGUGUUCUGUUGGUUCGCAGGUGAGUAGCUUGCGAAGGCAAUCUCUGAGGGGAGAGGGAGCAUUUGGCUGCCAUGCCAUUAUCAGCAUAUGACUAACUUGUCAAUUCAUCAUCGCUCUAUAACUGGGAUCAGGCAUCUGGUGCCCCCCAUAUGUUGCUGGACUUCCCAGGUCCCAUCAGCUUGGCCAAGGUGAGAGAUGACAGGAGUUGUAGUUGAGCAACAUCUGGAGGGCCACAGAUGUUACCCAUCCCUGCACUGUAAAAUCGGCCUGUGUUUCUUUGGGAUCAGAUAGGAGGCGGCCCAUCGUUGCUUGUUCUUCGGCAUCCGUUGCAGCUGCAAACGCGAAAUGGAAAGGUGUAAUUGGGAAGCUUUACCUUGGUAGCCAGAGUGGCUGAUGCUUAAACGUGCCUGAGAGCCAGGAUAGCAUUCUCAAGUAUAUGGAUAAGUUCUCUGUCUCUGCCUUCUGUUUUUGGGGAAAAACACUACCAAUGGGUUGCACUGGCAGGUAGAGACUUUGGAAAACUCAGAGUGGCAUCUCACUUCAGGGGUUGGUUGGCUGGUUUGGAGGACACUGUCAAAGGUGAAUGAUUUACAGAGAUGCACUGGGAAAAACAUUAAAUUGGAAUCUUCUGAACCAUGCACUCCUAAUGUUUGGGGGAGUUGGUGUUCUGUGGCAGAUGAUCUUUGGGAGAUCCUUCUGGAGUUCAGAAGGGUGAUCCAGAACUCCAAGAAGUUCUGGAUAAGGUGUUUUGACUGCACAAAACCAUUUGGAUUCAACUGACUUCCUCACAAAAGCUCUGCCUUGUCAUUCCCCAGAUCUGCCAGAUCCUGUUGACCAGGCUUUGUGGUCCUAAGUAGGAUGAUUCUUCCAAAGGAAACGUCUACUUUUUUUAGGAUGUGAUCUGAUGGGAACGACAUCUGUGUAAUCUGUCACAUGUGGCUAACCUUGUGUGCCCCCUCCCACCAAGGUUGUUGGACUCCCACCUCCUGUUAGCCACCGUGACCAAUGAUGAUGAAUGGGAGUUCUAGUCCAGCAACAUUUGAAGGGCCACCACAGGUUCUCCACCACUUUUUCUUUUAAAAAAUUAAGAAAUGGCAGUGACAUGAACUUGGUGUUCCAUUAUUUGGGGGCGCUGAAGGAGAACUUGUCUUUGCAGUCUGCUGUGAGUUUGGGGUGUUCUUGAUUCACAGUUAAUUUUUCAGCACAAAGCACUCAAGUGUCACCUGAAGAGGCAGGUAUGAACUGAACCAAGUGGUCAGGUGGGAAAGUAAUACUCCAGGUCCCACUAUGUUUUAACGUUCUUAAACGGUUAGUUCUUUCCUAAUGUAGGACCAAGGUCCCAGUCAUGGCUGACACUGGCCCUGCCUAUGCAAGCCAGGUUAUGUGCAGCAUUAACCUGUCUGUGGCAGACAUUGGUGGGCACCCUUCCACUUAUGCAUCAGGAACUGGGGAGCCUGUGGCUUCCCAAAUAUUUAGAGAUGAUGAUGGGAGCCCAAGAAUAUUGGCUGUCCUGGCAGGGGCCUACGGGAGUUGUAGUCUUAACACUACCCAGACUGCUGCAGGCUCUACAUGCCUGCCCUCCACAGAGCAGGAAGACCCCUGCGCCCAUCCCAGUCUGGCUAGCAAAGAGGACACUGGAGUACUACAGAAGAGUUGCUUGUUAGGUUCUUUUUAAAAGCAGUCCCACUCUAGGCUGAGGGAAGGGGGUCCCUCUUCUUAAUCUGGGUCCUGUCCUUGCCUGCACCUUGCCCAGUUUAGGCAUAGCCAAACUAAUUGCCACUAUUUCCCUACCCACCCACUCCAAAAAGCCCUUGGAAUAAUGAGUUUUGCUCAAAACAACCUGUGUGCACUUUCCAAAGUGUCUUGCAAUAAAGCCUUAAAGAGUGUCCUCGUCCCACUGCUGACUUGAAGGACCAUCAGCAGCUCCUGAUACUUCCCUCACCCGCCUCGUUCAGAGCAGAUGUGUUGUAUCUCAAUUGCCCUCUUUCCCACAUCCAGGCAAGGAUGUACACGAGGACCAGGUUGUUAACCCAAGCCGGAAACAGGCCCUCAAAAAGAGCUGAGAUUCCCCCCCCCAGAUCUGAAGGAGGCUUGAAAAUGGACCUGUUGCUCUGUCUGCCGUUGCCUCUGUGCAGCAGUUUUUUGUGUGUGUUCAUUUUGCAAGACUUUUUAUAACAGUUUCCAGAGGGGGGGGACCCAAAAACCUGUUUGUGCAAAGGCAGCAGUUAGUCAAAAGAGAUGGGCGGGAAUCCUGGUUGGCAAGGUUUCUGUCUGGCUGCUUUUUCAGCCCUCACGAGGAAUAAUUGUCUUUCCAGCCCUGAUAAAUGUGUGGUGGGGAUGGAGGUGGGAACUGGGCUUCUCUUGCUUAGAGGAGGGGUGUGCGUGCGUGCAUGUAGGCAGUAUAGCAAGGAAGGAAGUGGAAGCACAAAGCACCUCUCUCAAAAGUGCAAAUGAAGAAACCCUUUAAACCGAUUCUCUGCAAUUUCCUUGUUUGAAGAGCUGUCUCGUUUUCCCCUCUGCUUGCAAAGUCUGCAUCAUAAUCCACCCCUGGAUAAACAGAGGGGAAAGGGGGGGUCUCCAACUGGCCACCUUUCAGACACUCCUGGGCUCCAACGACCAGCGUCCACAUUGACCAUUUGGAGAGCCAACAGUAAUCUAGGGCUGCAAGUGGGCUGUCUUAAACUGCGCUGAAUGCUGCAGCGUUAGCAAAGGGCCCUCCCAUACCCAGAAACAAAGAGUUGUGUCCUCCUCAGUGUAGACUCAUUGAAACUGAGGAACAUGACUAAUUUGGGUCUGUUAAUUUUCAAAGGGUUGACUCCGAUUAGGUUGGGUGCAAUCCAAAACCACUAUCCUUUCCCCUCACAGCUGUUUUGGCACAGCCCUGUGGGCAUCUCCAGCUUGGCACAGAUGAUGAUGCAGCCCCCCACACCUUGGGUGCCCUCCAGAUGUUGGCCUCGUGGCUGCCUGCAUAGCUAAUGUUUGGAGAUUCUGAGGAUGGGAGUUGUAGUCCAGUAACAGCUGCAGGACACCAGGUUGGGGAAGCCUGAUGUGGUCAAACCUACUGGCCCUGUCCUUUCAAGCAUUUAUUCACAGUCGUUGGAGGAGGGUGGGUGCCACCUCCCAGCCAGCUGUGUCAGCAAGAGAGGAGUGGGGAGCCAGAAGGGAGUGGAGACUGGCUGCCUCUUGGAGGGGUGGCCCAACCCAGCUGCACCUCCAGGUUCGAGAGGCUUCCUUUAUUUUGCUUGCAGCAGGUGCGGGGAACCUUUGGCCCGCCUCCAGAUGUUGCUGAACUACAACUCCCAUCUUCCUCACCCAGCAUGGCCAAGGGCCAGGGAUGAUUGGGAAUUGUAGUUCAACAUCUGGAGGUGGGCCAAAGGUUUCCCACACCUGAUUUCCAGGGUGGCAACAGGGAGUUUUUCCUUUUUGGACUAGGCAAUCCAGGGAGCUGUGCUUCAGCCUGGCCUGCUGAAUGGCAGAAGGAUUGGGGCCCAGCAUUUGUGUGUGCGCUGCACGUGGAUCCUCUGCAUUUUUGGGGAGGGGGAAGUGCCUUGUUGCAAUCGGUGGCUGUCGACUGUUGAGUUUUACUGUUCUGGAAAAAAAUGUGUGUGUUUGAUCCAACUUUUAUAAAAGCAAACUAUAUUUAAAGAGA